CCUCCUCUAAUUUUAAUCCUCAUGCCAACGCCCUCCUCCUCCCCCCUCAACGCAGAACGCGAAUGACUCAUCGCCAAGAAGACGAAACGCAGCCCCCGCCCCCGCUCCCGCCCGCCUCCACCGUCCAAUCACUCCACCGUAUCCACGACUGGAUCAACCACCGGUUAUGAUCAGCCAGACCCUGACCUACUGGCUCUCAGAGCACCCUGCCAUCGUGGGGUUCCGGUGGAGCCACGCACAGUCGUGGGGUUCCACCUGGUCCUUCCUCUUCACCUCCAUCGCGUUCUACCUGAUCCUCUCGACGCUGCUCCACCUCUUCCUCGCCGUUCUUCUCCGGCCUGGCCGUGCCGUACCGCUCGGUCCCAUCCCGGCCCUUCACAGCCUCGCCAUGGCCCUCAUCUCCGCCACCAUCUCCACCGGAAUCCUUCUCUCCGCCGCAGCCGAGAUCCGAGACACCCGAUGGUUCUGGCGCGGCUCCAAGACUCCCUUGCAAUGGCUCCUCUGCUUCCCCCUCGGCACCCGACCCUCGGGGCGGGUCUUCUUCUGGUCCUACCUCUUCUACCUCACCCGCUUCCUCCACAUGCUCCGGACAAUUUUCGCCGUCUUACGACGUCGUAGGCUCGCCUUCUUCCAGCUCUUCAAUCACUCCAUCCUCACCUGCAUGGCCUUCCUGUGGCUCGAGUUUUCGCAGUCGUUUCAAGUCCUGGCCAUCGUCUUAACGACGUCGGUUUACUCCGUGGUGUAUGGGUACCGGUUCUGGACCGCCAUCGGGCUGCCCGGCGCGUGCUUUCCCUUCGUUGUCAGCUGCCAGAUGGUUCUGCUGGGUUGCAAUCUGGUGUGCCACAUUGGCGUCCUGUUGCUACAUUUCUUCAAAGGUGGGUGCAACGGGAUUGGCGCGUGGGUGUUCAAUUCUGUCCUCAACGGGGCUCUUCUGUUGCUCUUCUUGAAAUUCUACGUGACAAUGCACUUGAGGAAGAGAACGAGCGGGUCCAAGGUUGCGUCAACGGUGAACAAGUGUAAAGAUGAGUAAAAAUCCCACCUUGUUUCUAAGGAGGGACGAUGAAUCAAUAAUGCUUUUAUAAACUGUGAAUUAAAAUACUUUUUAUGCAAUUUUUUUGAGUUAAUUACCUAGAUUGCAGAGUAGUGUGAUCAUAUAUAUAUAGGGUUUAUACUAGCAAAUUGAAAUCCAAGUGACUUCUUCGAUUCUGCA